AUGUUUACGGUUUUGGUGGUGGCCGUCUUUGUGCCAAUCCGUUUCUCCGGCUCAACAGGCAGCCAUGGAUCACUCAGCACGGUGGAAAAGACAGUAUAUGUUACAGUGUUGACAACUCUGGGAACUAUGUGCAGAGCUUUUACAUUAUCCCGACUGCGACAGUUAUGGUUAAGGAUUUUCGAUUUAGAGCUCAAUCGCGGCUCGUCUCUUCUCCAAAUUGACCCACGGUGGCGGACCGCUCUUGAUAUUGGAACCGUACAGGAGUGCCUGGGACAAUGGCGGGUCUCUGCUUCAUUUACCAUCUCGAUCCUUACCGUCACUGCAUUUGUCACUGGUCUGAGUUACAACCAAAUCGAGGAAACAACAACUUUCUCAUACUAUCUACCAGAAGAUUCUACAUCAGGAUGUAUGGGUGUGGACGCUUCAUCAUUGAAUGGAAUGUAUUCGGACAUGUUAUGGCAACUUCCAAACGGUUCGGAAUACAAAGUUUUCCCAUACCUGGACUUCUGUCCUACCUCUCAAACAAUGCUGCUGAUCGGCGGUAUAAACACAAAAGACCCACAGAAUUAUGGCUAUGGAGACCUUGGGGUCGCGGUUCAGUCUGGGGCUCAAGGCGCCCCUGGCUCAUUCUAUGCACCAUCGUUUCCCAAUCCAGUUUCCGCUCUACCAAUUGGACUCAACGACCUCAUAAUGCAACACGGAACCGCUUUGGUUAGUGUUCAUGGAUGUUCACCCACACUUUUACACAAUCCUUUCUCAUGUCGAACAAUAGGCGUAGAAUUCGACCCUAGCACUUCGUUGAUUAAGACUGGAGACCGGAAUUGCUCAGCCAGCGGAACAAUGAAUGGUAAUGAGAAAGGUGAUUAUAGCGGCUAUGCUUAUGAGAUCUGCCCCACUGGAGAAAUUGGCGAGGCAACAUUAGUGAUAGCUCACAUUGGUGUUGAAGCCCUUUACGCCGCAGAAGCAAUAGGCGACCUUGAAAAGAUAAAGGAAUGGAGAAAACCAGGUGAUCCUGAGGGAUAUGAUGACAUCUACUGGCUUUACGGCAUUCGAUGUGACAUUCGCGUGUCAAUUCAACUUCGAGAACUCACCCUAACGAUGGCGGAUGGUGCAAGCAGCACAGGUGCCUUCACACGCCACAGCAGCUAUGGGGGCCUUUCAUCUACUAUAUGCUGGUUGGAUGAACAACCUACGGAUGGUGGUCCUAAGUUCGAAUUCAACAGAGAACUAUAUUCGCAGUAA